ACGUUUACAGUUUACUUGGAUUAUUUGCAAUAACUUCUUCAAUUUUGUGGAAUUUUAUAUCAAGUACUAUUUAGGUAUAUGUAUUAAUGUAAUAGUGAAUAAGUAGCACAUUAUUUAAAGUAAUCAUGCGUCUCAAUUUGUUUUGGGAGGUUUUACCUUUGUUACUAGUUUUAGUGCAAAUACCAGUUCAAGCAAAAAAACAGAAAUCAACUGUAAUUGCUGAUGUAAAUGAUAUUAAAGACUUUAAAAAGUUGUUGAGAACUAAAACAAAUGUUAUGGUUCUGUAUGUUAAUGCUCCAAAAUCAUCACAGCAAGUGUUAGAGGUGUUCAAAGAUACAGCAGACGCUAUGAAAGGUCAAGCGACCCUAGUCAUAAUAGACUGUAGUUAUGGUGAAUCGAAGAAACUUUGUAAGAAAUUGAAAAUACCUUCGGAUAAGUCUUAUUAUAUUAAACAUUAUAAGGAUGGAGAUUUUCACAAAGAUUACGAUAGGAGUGUAACAGUUAGCUCUAUGUCAAAUUUUCUACGGGACCCUACUGGUGAUUUGCCGUGGGAAGAAGACCCGGAAGCGACAGACAUAUUUCAUCUUCAAGACGGAGAUGCUUUGACCAAGUUUUUAAAAAAAGGUGCUGCGGCUUAUAAAAAGUCCAUGAUCAUGUUUUAUGCUCCUUGGUGUGGUUAUUGUAAAACAUUAAAGCCUGAAUACUUGUUAGCUGCUACGGACUUAAAGGGAGAGGCAUUACUGGCAGCUAUAGAUGUGGCCAAGCCGGGGAAUUCUAAAAUAAGGCAAUUGUAUAAUAUUACCGGCUUUCCGACAUUGUUGUAUUACGAAAAAGGCCAAUUGCGAUUCCCGUAUAAUGGAGAAAAUAAGAGGCAGGCUAUUGUAGAUUUUAUACGAGAUCCUACUACGCAACUGCAACAAAAGAAAAAAGAAGUGGCUGAUGAGAGCUGGUCGGAAAAUAGUGACGUUAUACACUUAUCAGCGGAGAAUUUUGAUAGCAUACUGGGGAAGGCUGAAAACGCCUUGGUGGUGUUCUAUGCUCCCUGGUGUGGUCACUGCAAGAAGAUUAAACCUGAGUUUGAAAAGGCUGCCACAAGAGUAAAGACUGAGAAGAUAAACGGUAUACUAGGAGCAGUUGAUGCAACAAAGCACGCAGAUUUAGCCUCGCGUUUUGGUGUUAGAGGCUAUCCUACUUUGAAAUACUUUAGUAAGGGCGAAUACAAGUUUGACGCUGGCCAUGCCAGACAGGAAGAGCAGAUUAUUAGUUUUAUUAAGGACCCGCAAGAGCCGCCGCCCCCGCCGCCGCCGGAGAAGCCCUGGGCCGAGGAAGAGUCGCCCGUGCGCCACCUCCACGCCAAGACCUUCAAGAACACCCUGCGAAAGAUCAAGCACGGCCUCAUUAUGUUCUAUGCACCAUGGUGCGGCCACUGCAAGAGUACGAAGCCGGAGUUCGUGAAGGCAGCCGAGAAGUUCGCUGACGAGCUGAUGGUGAUAUUCGGGGCUGUGGACUGCACCACGGAGCAGACGCUGUGCGCUUCCCACGACGUGCGCGGCUAUCCCACCAUCAAGUACUUCCGAUACUUCGACAAGGAUGUCACGGACUACUCAGGAGGACGCAAGGAGGCGGAUUUCGUGUCAUUCAUCCACAGUCAGAUGGAGAACUUCCAGACGUUGCAGAAAGCGCCGAAGACCACGCAGGAGGCUGGCUUCGGGGUCAACGUGGUGCUCUCUUCAGACGAGGACUUCGAGUCUCUCAUAUCCUCGCCAUCACCCACCUUCGUCAUGUUUUAUGCGUCAUGGUGCGGCCACUGUGUGACUGCGAAACCCGCGUUCAGUCGCCUAGCGACGACGUUCAAGAAUGAGAAGUCACCUGUCAAAGUCAUCGCUGUGGACGCCUCUGAGAACCCCAAAGUUGCCGACUUGGCCGGCAUCGAGACUCUCCCCACGUUCAAAAUCUUCGCCGAUGGAAAACACGUGGCAGAUUACACCGGCGACCGAUCCACCGAAGACAUGAUCGCUUUCUGCAAGAGCCACGUCAAGGUCAAAGACGAAUUGUGAUCUUUAGCUCACUUUGUGUAUGCCACACUAUUAUUAUAUCAUACCAUUAACUACAUGUACCACAGUGUUAUUUUUGUUGUCGCAAUACUUAUUUAUAUAAUAAUGCAUAUUAUUGGAACAUAAUCAUGUAAUUGUAAUAAUCGUAUACGUAAUUUUAUUAUACAUCUUAAAUGCAUUUCAGUUGGUUUAGGUCUUGUUGAGUUUGCAGUUUGCCAUGUUUUGAAUCUCUAUUUUGCCUGAUCGUUCACUUUCAGUAUCAAGUAUUUCGUUUAGUAAUCAUACCUGCGAUGCAUUUACUAUUGUAAUUGUAUAGAAUGUAAACUAUUAAUCAAUGAUUAGAACUUAUAAAUUAGAUGUAUCCUAUAGUUACUUUUAAUUCAAGAUAAUUAAUAUUAACAAACAUCUUAAUAAUUAUGCGAGGUGGGGCCUUCUAUAGAAGUAUGCUCGAAUAUCGUACAGCAAAGCUUUUAGAUUACAGACUAGGCAGACACGAACGAUAUAAACGCGAAGGAUGUUUGUUAUCGUGGUUUCAUUUUAACUACUCCCUGCGAAUAUUAUCACCAUAUGUUUGCCUGCAAUUUUUUUAACUUUGUUAAUAUUUAUAAUCUCGAAUUAAAAUUGUGACUAAUAUUUAUUUUUGUAAAAUGGUUAAUUGUAAUGUAUUUCAUCAUAAGCAAUAUGUUUUGUAAUAUUUACAUACUUGUAGAGAAUCGUUUCCCAAACAACUUUUACGUAGUUUUGUUGAGAUUAUGUAUUUAUUUAUAUUGAUGUAGCUAAAUAUUUGGCAAUACUCACACCGGCGUUGUGACGUAAUGAUAACUUUUAUAUAUCUAUGAAUUCAUAUAUUUUUGUACAUGUGUUAUUUAUGAAUGUUACAAUAAUUUCUCUUCGUUAUAAGUACUUUAAUGUGCAAUUCGUAGUACUUCCUUUGAGACUUGCUCUUCCCAUAAAAUUACUAUUGAACUGAAUAGUGUAGUUGGUAGUACAGGCGACUGCACAUCAGACUACAUAAUACUUUGUUGCAAAAUUUCACUUAUUACAAGUAUAUUUAAGAUGCCAUAGUGUUGAGUUUAAGUGCCGUUGUCUGUACAUUAUUUUUCUUCGCAAUAAAAGUAACUCUUAACUUGAUGACCAGUUAAAAGUAUAGAAAAUUCUACGUCGGAAAUAGAGACUUGAACCGACUUUGCUAGUGUCAAUUAACUAUAAAUUAUUAUAAUGGACUAAUGUCGGGAGGACAAAAAGUUAAAUCUAAUUAGAAAUCAUAAACAGUAAUAAUUAAUAACCAGCCAAUUAAUAUAAAGGAAUUAGAAUUAAUGGAAAAAAUAUAAAAGGAACGAUAAAUAACUUUGGCUCUACUCUUCGCUGCUGCUGUUAUAAAGGUACAAAGAUCAUCAGAUUAUAAAUGUUUGUUGCAUUGUCGCACCUACGACAUAGAAGCCUGUGGUUAGCUUGGUGUGCUGUCGGGUGUAAGUACUAUAAAAGCGGGGUCAGAGCUAUUUUUGUACUUUUUAUCACAAUUAAACAUUGGGUAUUUUAGUUAUAGUGGACUACCAAUAAAUUACAAUAAUUAGCAUUUAUAAUU